AAGAAACCAUCUUCACAAUCAAGUCCUACGUGCCGUGGAACCAAAGAGGUCUGCUGCUAAAGGUUCUCCAAGAAGAAGGACAGCAGAUGCUCCAGAAGAAGAGAGAUGCCCCUGGGGUUUACCAGCUGGCUUCUCUCUUGGUGGAGCUGGACACUUCUGAUGAAGCAUCACGGAUCCUUUGUGCUGAUGCCCUGUACCAGAUGGGCCGUGUAGAAGAAGCUCACAAGCUCCUCUCACUAGCACUCUCCAGAAAUCCACAAAGGUCUCCCAUUCUGGCAAGACUCGCACUUCUGCAACUGAAGAAAGGUUUCAUGUAUGAUGGCAACCAGCUGCUGAAGAAAAUGAUCAGAAUUGGAGAUACCUCCUGCCUCCUGCCAAUCAUGGACAUCUUCAAAGACGAAGACAGGAAGCUGAUGCAAACUCACUGCCGUUUCAGAGCGCUGACCAUCUUGAAGGACAGACAGGAGGACGCUGACAUCAAAGAGGCCAUUGCCUACCUCUCCUUUGCCAUCAUCGCUUCAGGUGGUUAUGCUGAAGAUUGCCUUCUCAUCAGGGCUCGAUGUUACGGGCGCCUUGGCCAGAAGAAAACUGCUAUUUUUGACUUUAAUGCCAUCCUGAAGGAAGACCCUAGGAAUGUGCAAGCUCUGAGUGGACGAGGAUUCAUUUACCUUGCUCUGAAGCAGCAGAAGGAGGCAGUGCAAGAUCUGAUCUCAGCACUGAAGGUGGAGGCAGGAAUAGUGAUCCCAGCAAUCUUGUCUUUAAGGCAUGAAGCCCAAGGGUUGAUCACUCAGUGGCUUCUCCAGCACGGCAGGGCUGCACUGACUGAGCUAGUUGCUACUAAAGACGUCGCAAAAGAAGAAACCCUCAGGGAUCUUCUCGUGAUUGCAAAAGCACUAAUUAAAAUUUGCAAGGAGGCCCAAUGUCACAUCUUCUACACAGAUGUUUUGAUUGUAAAUGGAAGGUAUGAAGAGGCCUUUGAGCAUCUUCAGGAAGCAUUUGGCCACUCUCUUGCUGAUGACUUCGCUAGUGCAAGACUCGCUGUGCUGCAGCUGAAGAGGAGGAACGUGCCAGGGGCAGCUCACUCACUCAGCAUCCUGGCUAAGAAAGAUGAAAAGGAGUUGGGGUUUCUCCUGAACUUCGUAGACACCAAACAACAGCAGCAUCUCACUCAGGUAGCAGCCCAAGAAGGAAAUGCGCUGAUUAAAGAACAUCGCUAUGAGAAGGCUCUCGGUUAUUACAGCCUAGCUGUCUUGGCAAGCAAAGAUAAUCCAAAAUAUCUCAGAAAGAGGGCUGCCUGCCUUACACACCUGAAAAAAUACCACAAAGCUUUAAAAGAUAUGGAGAAAGUGAUCCAGAAGCACAGCCAAAACAGCCUUAAAAGACAGGUGGAGGACCACUGCUCACAGGGACAUCUGCUGCUGUCGGUGGCUGAGGAAGAGGCAGCAGUGAAGGAGUACAUCGAGGCCCUGCAGUUAGAUGAAUCCCUGGCAUUGUGCAGCAUCAUGAACGGCCCUGGCAGGGAAAUUUUAACCAAAACAUUUCAUAAGAUUGCACAAUAUUAUUUUGAAAUGCAGCGUUACGAAGAGGCCUGGAAAAUCACAGACUAUGGUCUUAAGAUUGAUAAAAAUACUGAACUUAAAAAGCUGAAAACAAGACUUAAGCGCGAGGCGUCAAGCUGUAGCAUACAUUAAUUUAACUGUUUGGGGAUUUUCCAGUGUCUGAUUGCUUUCUGGUUUGUUUGUGAGGCUGGAAGAAUGAGGGAAAGAUGAGAAGCACAGGAUAAAUAUGCAACGGAGAUGGCACUAAACAUGGUACAGCAAGAUUAGGACUAGAAGGUUUCAGGUAGUGAAACAAAACAAGACAUCUAUGAGAAAAAGGCAAAUUGCACUGUUCAGUAUUCUUUGAAAUGAUUGUGGAUGUAAACUCCUCCUUGUGAAGGAAGUGUUCUGUCUGGCUGAACUCAACUAAUUCUAACACAUCUGUUCCAAUCAUAGUGAAGGAAAACAUUGAAAUAGCUUGCAGUUUAUGAAUAAUAAUCAUGUAUUUCCUUGUUAUUUAUUUGAUUAGCUUUAACGCAUACUGUUCAAUUAAGUAGCCUUGUUUUUAUGGGCCAGUUGGAAAGAUGAGUCAAAAGGAGCAUUUGUAAUGUGCUUUAUAUUUGUGAAGGACCGUAUGGAUUACACUGCUCAGCUGGCUAACUCCUGAAUGGACAGAGCUGCCCUUGCCAGCCUCUAGUGGAUUUCAGUUAUCAGCACCAACAGGGGUGAGCAGGAGCCCUACAAAUGCCAACUAAACUGUUUUUCUGUCCCAGGAAAUAGAGAUAAUUUGACGAUAAUAGUAACAGAAAAAGGACAAUAAUACAAAGGAUGAGACUCAACAGAGAUGAAACGUCCAACCUCGUUACUAAUGCUCUGUUAUCUGGGCCACACACAGCUGUACUCCAGACUUCACCUUGGACUUCCAGAUCCCCAUGUCUCAGUUUGCCAGUGCAGAUACUGGAGAUAAUCUCUCAGAGAGGUGUCUAAAGAGCCCACCAAAUAUCAUCUUUCAGACUCCUGGAUAUUUGUGCACAAAAGACAGCACUGGAACUUGAACUAAUCGAGAAGCAAUCGAUGUACAAGUAGGAGGUCGGUGUUGGAGGCAACAGCCAAGGUGGUAACGUGAUUGCUCUGCAGUGAUUCUCACUCUGUCAUCCAUGCAGGACAGCACGGGAGUCAACAUCUCACAUGCUCUGAAGGGUUGUGCCUGCUGUCACCACCUGUAAGGACAGCUAGACUCAGGGGGCAGCGCAGAGAUAGUGCCAAUAUACCCAAUUUCUGCAUGGUUUGGCAUUUUCUCUGUGCACUGGGAGUCAAUAGCUUGAUUUGGAGGCAGUAUUGCCUGUGCUGUGCAGAAAGCAGACAAUGAGCUGAGGCCCGAAACAACAGACUUGUGUAUUUGUUUUGACUGCUCCGAGUGAAUUUGUCCCAAUGUUUUUAGAGUGUGAUAAUACAACCAUGGAGAAAACUAGAAACUACUAUUGAAAACAAAAGAUUAAAGCAAUACUGAGAACUGCUCUCCUGCUUUGAUUAGGUUGAAAGGGAAAUGGAACAUUUUCUUUUUUUGUUACAUUGUUUCCUGAAAGGCAACAUUCCAGAGUGAAACUUCAUUCAGCAGCCAUGAAAUCAACCCAACAGGCAGUAAUACCAUCUCUACUUUUGCAUCUUAUUUUCUUCUCCACAUCCUACUUUUUUCUUCCCUAAGAGCACAGGUAAGAGUGGGCAUCUUUCCUUUCAAAUUCAAGAAAAGUUACUCUGAUUUUAGUCCUAAUGACACUGAUAAGUACUUUUUGCUCCU